AUGGCCACUCCCAAGUUCACUCUCUACACGGACUCCGCUUCCCAGUGGGCUUAUGUUGCUCACCUUGCAAUUGACGAGAAAGGAUACGAGCGUUCCGAAUACGAAUCCAAACAGGUUGGGCUCCUUGAUGGCGAGAACUUCUCUCCUGCAUACGUCAAGAUAAAUCCCAAUGGCACUAUUCCAUCACUAACCUCGGCUUCUCUCGCUAAACCCCUCAUCGAAAGCGCGGACAUCGUGAAAUACGUAGACGCUAGUCGAUCCAACGGCGCCUCCUUAUUCCCGACAGACCCCCAGCAGCUGGCCAAGAUCAACAAACUUAUUUCGCACGUUCAUCAGGACAAACUUUCCACGAACCUUGUCCUCCUACAAGCUCGUGACUGGCAAGAAUUAGAAGCGAACAAAGCAGGCGGGAUAAAAACUUUCCUUGGCAACCGACAGCAGAGACUGGUCAAGUAUGGUCCCCUAAACCCAGACGUGCCAUUAUAUGCCACGCGCAUGCCUACGAACGGAUACCUCAAUGAUCUCUACACCGCUUCCAACGUCGGGCCUGAACACGAAGAGUUUUUCGCAGGUACAGAGCAAGGGUACAAAGAUUACGCUGCAGGGCUCAGAGAACUUGAUUCCAUGCUGGUACUGCCCUUCGCAGCUGGUGACAAAGUCACGGCUGCGGAUUUACACAUCGCGCCGUGGCUGGCUCAUGCGAUGUGGGCUGCUGGUGGGGAAGAAAUUGGCGACUUUGAGCCUCUCAGGGCCCGUAUCGAGAAAUCUGUCCCUGGUUUCGAAUUUGGCGAGAAGACAAAGAGGUGGUGGGCUAACAUUUCGGCGAGGCAGAGUUUCAAGAAGAAUUACCCCAAGUUGCAUUAA